UAGAUUUGCUCCUUUUGUUGAGUUGGGAAGCUCCUAUGUUAAGGUAUUGAAAGACUAAGAGCCGUAUUUUUGUUGUAGUGUUUAUUCCGAAUUAUUCCAUCCGUAGAUACUUGGUCAAGCAUUUCGUAUCAGUGACUGAGGUAGCCAUGCGAGAAUCACACUCUGAGAAUCGUGAUUCUCAAUAUUAUUCUGAAUAGGAUUCUCCAGUUUCACCUAUUUCCCUUUCAAUCCCCUCGGAGAAAGGUUCUCCAUAACAUUCAUUCAGGUCUCACACAAUGGAUCCUCCUCAAGUACGGGUUGGGGCCGAAAAUACCAAUGUAGAAAUGGCUGGUGUUCAAAGAACUACCACUGCUCAAACCACCCAGGAACUUGCGGUUGAGAGCACCCAGACAAAACCAGCUGAAGACCUUGUAACGCAAUCCGAUCCACCACCAGCAUUGACCCAGCAGAUAUCGCAGCAGUCAUUCGCCACAGAGAAGAAAGACCUGGGCCUUAAAUUUCUCGAAUACCUCACGUCUCCCACGGUGGAAAUUAGAGUUGGAAGGGGCGACGAAGAAAGCGUUUUAACAGCUCACCAGAAGCUGCUGGUGGAAUCUCCAUUCCUGGCUGAAAUUGUCACCAAAUUCAGUGAAUCGGGACGUCGCCACAUUGAUCUUCCUGACGAAAGUGUGGAUGCCUUUGGGUGCUUUCUACAGUUCCUGUACACUGGAGAUUACUCGCCCCUACAGACACCAGAACAAGGCACUCGGACAGCGGACAUCGAUGAUAGUGGUGAACAACUACUCAACCACGCACAUGUCUAUACCCUUGCAGAAAAGCUGGGCGUUCCUGCCCUGAAGACGCUGGCACAUUCCAAAAUCCACCGCAUUAACAGCACUGCUCGUGGAGAGAUGACUUACGCACGUUACGUAUAUCAAAACACACCCGCAGAAGAUAUUACUAUUCGGAAGCCAGUGGCAAGCUUUUGGGCAAGUAGGAGCCAAGUUCUACGGCAUGAGGCCGAGGACGAGUUCAGGGCGCUUUGUCUCGACGUUCCUGAGUUUGCAUUUGAUGUCCUUAGUCUCGUUCUUGACUACAAAGAGAAGCGUACUCAAGAGAGAGCAGAGGCUGAAUCCAGUGCUAAAGGAAGCGGUAGAAAAAGGCUAAGGAGUGGCUUGUAA